CGCCUUUGCGGUGAAGGAGCAGCAGGCGAGCACACACACACACACACACACACAAAGACACAAACACACGAACACAUGCUCGGCCGCCGCAUCCUGCGAGUUGAAACAAAAGAAACUUUGUGCCAAUCGCUGAAAAGGAUGGUAAAGAAAUGACCGAGGGACUUUGAAGGCAUCACUGUCUGUCUGGAAAGGCAAGACGAGUGUUGGACUAUGAGCGAAUUCUUCGCCUUUCCCAAGCAAAACAGACGUUUUUUCACAACUUUAUGUCUUUUCUGGACACCUUUGUAGAUGAGACUCUGCUGGUGCUGACUUUUUAUUCAUCGUUCAUCACACGAAAAGUUGAAGAGGAUGGCACCACUUCUCAUCUGCGGCUUUAUUCUUCUCAAAGUUGUCUUUGGUGACGCUUGUGCCAGCGGACAGUUCACCGAAUCCGGCGAGUGUUGCCGUGUGUGUCCUGCGGGCUUCGGAGUGGCGGUGGAGUGUGGAAAAGAUGAUACUAAAUGUACACCAUGCCCACAGGGAACUUUCUCCUCCUCUGAAGACCUCGGCCGUUGCCUCCCGUGCUCGCAGUGCCCGUACGGCGUCCCCACGUUGGCCACGUGCUCCGCCGUUGAGGACACGCAAUGCGAAUGCGACAGCGGCUUCUUCUACUUCCGAGCCUACGGCCUGUGCGCGCCUUGUUCCAAAUGCAAGCGUGGCGAGGGGGCGGCGCAGGAGUGCGGCCCCAAGGGGGACACGCAGUGCCGGCUCUGCGUCCCGGGAACUUUCUCCGAAGAGCACGCUAACACCAAACCGUGCCAGACCUGCACCCAGUGCACGGACAGCGAGGUGGAGAUCCGGGCCUGCAUGCCCAACUCUGACACACUCUGCAUGGAUAAAAAGCUGCACAUUCUCUCCCGCGACACUCCGAGCUGGUCCGGUGUGGAGGAGGUGACAGCAGGCGGAGGAAGUCCUGCCCCGGGGACGCCCAAGUUCACCCCCCAGGGUGAGAAGGGCGGCAACAACAUCCUGGCCUACGUGUCGGUGCUGGCAGCGGUGGUCCUGGGCCUGCUCGUCUACGUCGCUUACAAGUGGUGGGUCCUCAUCAGUGCUGGCGUUCGUGUAAACAGAAGCAGGCUCUGUCCAAGGCGCGGGCGGCCGAGCUGGGAGCGUCUCCGGAGGGAGAGAAGCUCCAAAGUGACAGCGGAGUUUUCCUCGACUCGCAGAGUCUGCAAGACAAUCAGCCCUGCAAAGGUACAAAGAGGGACAGCAAGCAGGACACCCGCCUAUACAUCAACCUGCCGCCCCACAGACAGGAAGAAGUGGAGCGUCUCCUGCAGGAAGGAGCGGGGCGUGGCUGGCGGCAGCUGGGCCAGGCGCUGGGGUACGAGGCCGAACAGCUGGACCUGUUUGGGCGCGGCGAGGCCCCCGCGCGCACGCUCCUCUCCAACUGGGCCCUGAAAGAAGGCUCCACUCUGGGACUGCUGUGCUCGGCGCUGGCUCGCAUCGAGAGGCCCGACGUGGUCUCGGCUCUCAACUGCCCCGCGCAGGGCGCCUCGGUGGUGUGACGCGGUCCCCGCCCACGAGCCGCAUAGGCAGGCCCACUCGCACCGCUAUGACAAUGGAGCACGGCAGUUGUUUUGCCUUCCUUGGACACUUGAGUCUUUUUAACCAACAGAAAAAUAGUGUUAUAGCCACAAAGUGCCAUUUUUCUUAUGGAUCUCCGCAAGCGCCUUAAAUCAGCGUAAUUGUAAUCAAUCAGUCUGGUGCUCUAUGAACUAUUUCCUUUUGUUAUCACCUAUAAUAAUGUCCAUGAACCACACAGUGUGUCUACAAUCAGAACUGUCAAUGUGGACUAUUCAUUCAUUUAUAGUAUUCUAUUUUCUCAAAAUGGAAAUUUGUGUGAUAUUUAAUCAAUGCAGUACAUAAUAGUUUUAAUAAUCUGGGUGUCAAACUCAAGCCACAUCAUUUCCUGUGGCCCAAUCGAAGGAAAAUACAGUGUGUCGUGUCAUGUUUCUUGCUAAAUAGAUUUGUUCUGUCAAAAAAUCUGUACCAAAAUUGCAAUUAUUCAUUCACUUUAACCGGUUUUAGAAUCAUUUAUUUACACCAAACCCCUACUUAACAUAAACGGGACAACAGUUGUAUUCUAAAAUACUGCCGUGGCACUAUUUUCCAUGACGUAUAAUUUCAAAUUGAAUGUGUUGUUAAAAAUCUAUACAAUAUAAUAACAAAUGCAGGGACAAUUGUGUAUAUUUGAUAUGACAAUGAGAUUAUACAUUAUGUUUUUUUAAAGUCAUUACGACAGAGGGAAACCAUCAUUAUGAUAUGGCCCGUGACAAAAAUGAGUUAGACACCCCAAAUUGUUUUUUGUUUACAUACUGUACAUGCUAUUUCAACAACAACAAAAAAAGUGCCUUUCCUUGUUUUCUACUCUCCUUGUGGUUUCUCAUGCAGAAAUCAACAUUUAAUUUGGAAGUAUGCAAAUUAGUCUUGGUAUUGCCUUUUUUUUUUUUUUUUUUUUCCCCCCCACAUCUAAUGUCUACACAGGCAUAGCCACAGGAGGCCGUUUGUUAAGUUAUACGUGGCCAGAAAGAAAGUCAUAGUCAAUGAUGAUUAGAAUUUCUCACAAAGGAGGCUGAUACGGUAUAACAUGUGACAAUAGUUAAGGACUCCAAACUAGAAUGCAUGCAUAACGGAGAUAAUUGUUGACAUAAAACACUUAAAAUGUCCUUAUUUGUGUUUGAAAUGUUCUAUUGUUUUGUUCUGUUGGUAUUUCUUCAAUCAGAGCAAACAUGAAGAAUUUAGUGGAUGAUAGUGACACUGUUAUUUGGAGCUCUUCCUCGCUGUGAUUGUAAAUAUCUCAAAUGUUUUCCUCGCAGUAGCACACAACGAGAUUCAGGUUAUCAAGACUGACGAAAGGGAUUACAUGAAGACAGAACAUCUUCCCUUCUCGCGUUUUGUAUUUAUUUUACCACCAUUUUAAGUUGAAAUCCUCCCGCCUUCCUCCAACACGUCUGUGUGUGUGACACUAUGUGAUGACCGCAGAUGGUUUAGGUCAUUUUUUUAAAUGCCAGUCAUGUAGGUUUUAUUUUUAUUUUUAUUUUUUUUUGAGGGGGAGGGGUUUAUAUUUCAUCUUACUGUGUCCGUUUUGUCUCAUUCAAUGAAUAAAUAAUUUGUAAUAAAACUGAAUGCUCUUGUUA